AUGCUGCUGUCAUCUGUUCAGCUGUACAGUGUACCCAUCAGAGUAGCUGGUUCUAGAUCAACUCGAUGUUCUGGCAGAGUUGAAGUUUAUCACAAUAACAGCUGGGGAACAGUCUGUGAUCAUGGCUGGGACUUAAAUGAUGCUGAGGUGGUUUGCAGACAGUUAAACUGUGGGUCGGCACUAGAGGCUCCUCAAUCAGCUCACUUUGGUGCAGGAACUGGACAGAUUUGGCUUGAUGAUGUGACCUGUUCAGGAAAUGAAAGUUCUCUAGCUAAGUGUCAACACAGUGGAUUUGGAUCAAACAGAUGUGGGCAUCAUGAAGACGCUGGUGUCAUCUGUUCAGGCCUCAUCAGAUUAGCUGGGCCUGGAUCAACUCAGUGCUCCGGUAGAGUUGAAAUUUAUCACAAUAACAUCUGGGGAACAGUCUGUGAUGAUGGCUGGGACUUAAAUGAUGCUGAGGUGGUUUGCAGACAGUUAAACUGUGGGUCAGCACUAGAGGCUCCUCAAUUAGCUUACUUUGGUGCAGGAACUGGACAAAUUUGGCUUGAUGAUGUGACCUGUUCAGGAAAUGAAAGUUCUCUAACUGAGUGCAAACACAGUGGAUUGGGAACACAUGACUGCGUGCAUUAUGAAGACGCUGGUGUCAUCUGUUCAGGUCUGCUCAGAUUAAGUGGAUCACAUAAAUGCUCUGGCAGAGUUGAAAUUUAUUACAAUAACAGCUGGGGAACAGUCUGUGAUGAUGGCUGGGACUUAAAUGAUGCUGAAGUGGUUUGCAGACAGUUAAACUGUGGGACGCCAUUAGAGGUUCCUCAAUCAGCUCACUUUGGUGCAGGAACUGGACAGAUUUGGCUUGAUAAUGUGACCUGUUCAGGAAAUGAAAGUUCUCUAACUCAAUGUCAACACCGUGGAUUUGGAUCAAAGAGCUGUCAACAUGGUCAGGAUGCUUCUGUUAUCUGUUCAGGGGUGAGGCAACAGUGGCAGAUGUGCAUAGGCUCUGGAGCAGUGUUAGAGGUUGCGGAAGUAGCAGCAGAGGUUGACAUCAAAAGUGGAACAAGUGGAGGAGGAACAGGAAAUGUUCGGGGAGACGAUCUCCGGGUCUUGUAG